CAAAGCAAAGAAUACGUUAAACCAACUGCUGAAGUUGUUCAACUUGAAUCAAGUGUUGCCUUAAAGAUUGUUAAACACGCGUCAGAGCAAUAUCCUCACACUGCUGCAGGUCCAUUGCUAGGUGUUGAUUUACAAACUGGGUUAUUAAAGAUUUCACAUUCAUAUUCAUACCCAUCAUCAAGUGAAGAAGGUACUCCAUUACGUAUUAGAAGUAAUGUUAAAUAUCAAGAUGAAUUAGUUGCACAAUUGAAAGAAAACAAAUUGGCUGUUCAAUUAAUGGGAUGGUAUCAAGCCUCAAAUUCUGGUAAAUUUAUUAAUGAAUCAGUUUUAGAAAGUUUAGCAUCAAAUCAAUUGAAAAAUAAUAAUUCAAUUUUAUUAAUUCAUGAUUCAUCAAAGGCUAAAUAUGGUGUCCUAAGUCUAAGAGCUUUUAGAUUAACUGAACAAUUCUUAAAAGUUUAUAUCAAGAAUGAUUAUCAUCUUGAAACAAUUAAUGAAGCAGAAUUAACUUAUGAUACAAUUUUAGAAGAAAUACCUGUCAAGAUUCAUAAUAAUCAUUUAAUUUCAUUAUAUUUAGCAGGAUUAGGACAAGAUCAUUUUAACAAAACUGAAUUAUUAUCAUCAAAUUCAUCGAAAACUUCAAUUAUUGAACAAAAUGUUGAAAAUUUAAUUGAAUCAGUUGAUGAUUUAGGUAAUUUCUACUAUCAUUUGUUGAAGAAAAGAAGUACACAACCGGAACCAAGUUUCCAAGAUUGGUUAUUCACCACAGGUAGAAUAGAAUAUAAUAAUGAUGAUGUUCAACAACAAAUCAUGAGUCAAUUUUUGACAGAUUCAUCAAUUAGACCAUGA